AUGUCAGCGACUGGAGGCCGGCGUGAGAUUGUCAUUGUUGGUGGUGGCAUCAUUGGAUGCUGCUCUGCAUACUACCUCACUAGACACCCACUUUAUGACCCUGCCCGCCACAAAAUUACACUUGUUGAGGCCUCUGAAAUCGCCGGCGGGGCAUCAGGAAAAGCGGGUGGUAUGCUAGCGCAAUGGGCUUUUCCGAGCAACCUCGUCGGUCUCAGCUAUAAGCUGCACGCUGAACUUGCAGAAGAGCACGAUGGGAUCAACCGAUGGGGAUACAGAGAGGUCAAUUGUGGCCAACUCGUCGUGAGGGGUCGUGCUCUUGCUGAGAACACUGUAGGGAAAGCUGGGGGUAGAAAUACUGAAUCCCUCCAGAAACGCAGUGCAGCGGCUAUGUCUAAGCUGAGGUCUGCCAAUAUUCCUAAAGAUUUGGAUUGGAUAGAGCCAGAGCUUCUGAGGGCCUAUGAAAGUAUGAGUGGACCUGGCGAAACCGCCCAAGUGCACCCAUACCUCUUUACGACGUCCAUUGCAAAGCUCGCCCAGGAGAAGGGCGCAAGCAUCAUUCUUGGACAGGUUACAGGUAUUACUCGGUCUAAGAGCUCUGUCGAAUCAGUGACAUACACUAAUAAAACAUCUGGGGAAACGCAAAUCAUCCCCGCGACCGAUGUACUCGUUGCUGCUGGUCCCUGGACGAAUUCCAUCCUCCCAGAGGUCCCAAUCUCAGCCAUGCGGGCGCACAGCGUGGUGAUCCAGCCAAAGAAACCAGUCAGUGCAUACUGCUUGUUUACAAACAUCGAAAUUCCGGCAGAUUUUAAUCCCGAAAAGAAGUCGCGUCCAACCGUGGCUGCACCAGAGAUCUACGCGCGUCCUGAUGCAACUGUCUAUGCAUGUGGCGAUGGAGAUAGAACAGUUCCACUACCAAAGACUACUGCAGAUGUCGAGGUUGACCACGAACGCUGCCAGGAAAUCAUUGACCAUGUGGGCAGUAUUUCUGACGAGCUGCGCGAUGGAGAGGUUCUCACUCGUCAGGCUUGCUAUCUUCCAAACUGUGAUUCUGGUGCUGGGCCACUAGUUGGCCUGACUGACGUGAAGGGACUGUAUAUUGCAGCUGGACAUACCUGCUGGGGUAUCCAGAAUGCGCCGGGUACUGGGAAGCUUAUGAGUGAAUUUGUAUUUGAUGGCAAGGCGAAGAGCGCGAACAUUGGAUCGUUAGAUCCACGCGAGUUCAUAAUUUGUGCGUUAUUGACGUCGCUACUUUGCGCAACUGGGAUUGUUGCAAGCGAUGACCCCAAUGAUUUGUCCAUCUUAAUACGAGAGGCUGGACGUGCCAGUAACGAGUCCCUGCUGUGGGGUCCCUACAAGUCGAAUCUCUACUUUGGAGUGCGUCCUCGCAUUCCAAAGAGUCUCACAGCUGGAUUGAUCUGGGGAAAGGUUGACGACUACGCUGGCGCUCAGCAAAACUUCAGACACACUUGCGAACAAAAUGAAGGAAUGGCUGGGUAUGGAUGGGACGAGUAUGAUAUUCGGAAGGGUGGACGCGAAACCAUUCAUGAUGCUGGGAAUAGCUUGGACUUGACAAUCGAUUUCAUAAAAGUUCCCGGUGGCCAGCACGGAGGUAGCUGGGGAUUCCGAGUCAAAGGCACGCCCACAGAGGGCGCAGAUCCUUACCAGCCGAUCUCGAUGAUCUUUUAUUCCACUCUCGAGGGAUUCGGCCACCUGGGAACCGAUUCUUCAUCCUCUGAUUCCACUGGCGUGGAAGGCAAUGUCAAACUUGAGGGAUACUCCACAGAACUUGGUGAUUUUACUAUCGAUGUCACCACUGGACCGGAAACCAACUCGUACCCCCGUUACAACCAUCCUAGCUCCACAGACAAGCCAUUGGAUCGCAGCAUUGUGGCUAGCGUGGCCUUCCCAGAGGAGCAGCUUUGGCAAGCAAAGGGAAUCUUCUUCGCCCAAAUGAAGGCGGGGGUUGAUCAAGCCCUUGAAGAGUAUGGAAAAGAGAACGUCCCCCCCCCAGCCCAGCUUUUUACUAUCAAUCACAAACCUGGCCAGGGCAAUGCUCAUCUUGUGCAGAAAGUUUUCGCUGGUGCAUUCGAAUAUGAUGUCCUGUUCUCCUCUGGCUCUGCUCCAGAACCCUUGACUUCGGAAACCCUCACUAAGGAAAUUGAUGAUGCUUCGGCUUCAUUUUCGGAAACUUUUGAGCAGCUUCUCCCGCCACAGGCGCCAUUUGACUCGCCGAAGUACUUGAGCUUCUCCAAGGCAAUGUUGUCUAACCUUAUUGGUGGCAUCGGGUUCUUCCACGGUGAUGACGUCGUGGAUCGGUCCGCAAACCCUGCGUAUGAAGAGGAGAAUGAAGGCUUCUGGGAAGAGACCGCCGAGGCCAGGGCUGCCGUUCAGCCUGUUAUGGAAGGCCCGAAGGAACUUUUCACUUGUGUUCCCUCCCGGCCGUUCUUUCCUAGAGGAUUCCUUUGGGAUGAAGGUUUCCAUUUGAUGCCCGUGAUCGAAUACGAUACCGAUCUUGCGCUCGAAAUUAUCAAAAGUUGGUUCCACCUGAUGGACGAGGAUGGGUGGAUUGCCCGUGAACAAAUUCUCGGUCAAGAGGCACGCAGCAAGGUUCCCCCGGAGUUUACAAUCCAAUAUCCCCAUUACGCAAACCCGCCUACUCUAUUCAUGGCCCUGGAAGCAUUCAUGGAUAAAGUCAAGACCAGCAGCAACAAGAGCACCGAUUUCGCAUCCCUGGACAGCCAAGAUGCGACUGCGACCCUGCGCUCUGCCACUGUCCGACAGCCGGAACUGUCUGAAGCCUAUCUUCGAUCAUUCUACCCGCUCUUGAAGAAGCACUACAACUGGUACAGAAACACCCAGCGCGGUGACAUCACGUCGUAUGACCGUGAAGCGUUCUCGACCAAGGAAGGUUACCGCUGGCGCGGACGUUCUGUGCAGCAUAUCCUCACUUCUGGCAUCGAUGACUACCCCAGAGCUCAGCCGCCGCACCCCGGUGAGCUGCACGUCGAUCUGAUCAGUUGGAUGGGAAUGAUGACUCGCGCUAUGCGUCGCAUUGCCGAGAACCUCGGUGAGGACGAAGAUGCCGAGCAAUUCGCCUACUACGAGACCGCUAUUACUCGUAAUAUUGAUGAUUUGCAUUGGGACGAGAAGGAGCAAACCUUCUGCGAUGCGACUAUCGAUGAAUAUGAAGAGAGUGUCCAUGUCUGUCACAAGGGCUACAUCUCCAUUUUCCCAUUCCUGACUGGUAUGCUGGGUCCUGACAGCCCGCGCCUUAAAGCUGUGUUGGACUUGAUUGGCAAUCCCGAGGAGCUGUGGAGUGACUACGGUAUCCGCAGUUUGAGCAAGAAGGAUGAGUUCUACGAGACCGAUGAGAACUAUUGGAGAAGCCCUAUCUGGAUUAACAUCAACUACUUGGUGUUGAAGAAUCUCUAUAACACUGCAAUAGUUUCUGGACCUCACCAGGAACAGGCACGGGAGAUGUACUCCGACUUGCGGAAGAAUUUGGUCGAUAAUGUCUUCCGCGAGUGGAAGAAGACUGGGUUCGCUUGGGAACAGUACAACCCUGACUCAGGCAGUGGCCAGCGGACACAGCACUUUACCGGCUGGACCAGUAUGGUGGUGAAUAUGAUGUCCAUGCCUGAUUUGGCCGGAUUAGAAAAAACCAUUCAUGACGAGUUGUAA